AUGACUUUUGGUAAAAAGUUUAAAACCUUAUUUAACUCUAUUCCUCGUUCAAAAGGAAUCAGCGUAUUCACAAGAGACCAUGAGGGAACGGAGGAUCAUCAAGAUGAGGGGUAUGAUCAAUACACUUCUUCUCUGGACGAUUUUAAUGGGACAUCUGACGAUGAAGACGAGGUAUAUGAAAUAGAAAUAAAACCUACCGCGGAUUUUAGAAGCCAACCUCGCGAAUACGAAGAUUUCGAAAGUGAAUACGAUUUAGAAACCCUCACUCGCAGAUACAACGUUGACGAAUUUGAUUUCCCACAAAAUCAAAAUCAGAACGCUUUUACAAACCUACAAAUUUAUCAUCGAAGCCAAGAUCAGAAUGCUUCUACUAGUCCACAAAUCUAUCACCAAAGUCAGGAUCCGAAUUCUUUUAAUAAUCCAGAUCCAUUUCGAGAUAACAGUAAUGUCUUGCCAUCUAACGAUCAAGGGCUUAGUGAAGAUGAACAGAUAGCCUUGGCAAUAACACG